AUGCUUCACCGGACUACUUUUGUUCGCACCGUGCAAAAGCGUCUAUUUAGCACCACUAGUGCUGUUUACAAGAAGUCAUCGGCAUCUUUUGUCGCUGAAGUGGAUCCAUAUACCGUUACGACUUACUCAAGACCGCCGAUUGUUUUCACGAAGGGAGAAGGAUGCCAUCUUUGGGAUAUGGAGGGAAGGAAGUAUAUCGAUUUUUCUGCCGGAAUCGCGGUGACUGCCCUUGGUCACUCGCACCCUGAGAUUGCGAAAAUUAUGUACGAGCAAGCUACCACUCUCGUUCAUAGCUCCAACUUGCUUUACAACCAGUGGACUGGCGAAUUAAGCAAACAGUUGGUGUCCAAGACUCUGGAGUCAGGAGGCAUGAAGAAUGCGUCUCGCGUGUUUAUUUCCAACUCCGGUACUGAAGCCAAUGAAGCUGCACUGAAGUUUGCAAGAAAGUACGGCAAAUCAAUUGCGGAUAAUAAAAUCGAGUUCAUCACUUUCGAAAACUCUUUCCAUGGGCGGUCUAUGGGCUCGCUUUCGGUCACGCCAAAUCCAAAAUAUCAACAGCCAUUUGCACCUCUGAUUCCUGGAGUGAAAGUUGCAAAGCCCAACGAUAUCAAGUCCGUGGAAAGCGUGAUCUCUGAUAAAACCUGUGGAGUGAUUAUAGAGCCAGUCCAGGGAGAAGGUGGCAUAUUUCCAAUGACUUCUGACUUCAUGGUUCAGCUUAGAGACUUGUGCAAUAAGCAUACUGCGCUUUUGAUUUACGACGAAAUCCAAUGUGGAUUGGGCAGAUCUGGAAGACUUUGGGCGCAUUCCAAGUUGCCAGAAAGUGCUCACCCUGAUAUUCUUACCAUGGCUAAGGCUCUGGGUAACGGAUUCCCUAUUGGUGCAACUAUGGUCACAGAAGAAGUUGAGAAGGCUUUGAAAGUUGGUGACCAUGGAACCACUUAUGGUGGAAACCCGCUGGGAGCUCGAAUUGGAUUAUAUGUGCUCGACAAGGUCUCGGAUCCUGAAUUCUUGCAACAAGUUGAGAAGAAGUCGGAAUUUUUCAAGGUGAAACUCAGCGAACUAAGCGAAAAGUUCCCAGAUCAAAUCAAGGAUAUCAGAGGGGAAGGUCUUUUACUUGGUGUGGAGAUGAACCAGGACCCGUCACCAGUUAUACAAAAAGCCAGAGAGCUGGGAUUGCUGGUUAUCACUGCAGGUAAUAACGUUAUCAGAUUUGUUCCUGCUUUGAACAUUGAAGACUCUGACAUCAUCGAGGGUCUCGAUAUCUUGGGUAAUGCUUUCCAAGAGACAUUUACCAAAUAA